AUGCUCCGAGCAAAUUCUCAACAAUCGACUCCGAGUAAAUCUAUUGAUGUUGUUCGAUGGCUUGCAUUUCAAGGUUGUGCCUUUAGAGGUCAUGAUGAGACCCCUGAUUCAAAAAAUCGAGGUAAUUUUCUUGAGAUGCUUAAACUCUUGGCUUCGUAUAAUGACAAGGUUAAAGUGAGAAAUAAAAUUCGUGAAGAUGAUGGAAAUACUAAAUUUUGCAUUAUUGUUGAUGAGGCACGAGAUGAGUCUCAGAGGGAGCAAAUGACUAUAAUCUUGAGAUUUGUUGAUGAUGAUGCGUCUCCGUGGGUGGUGCACUGGCAGAGCAGCGACUUCCACGGUGGUGUUUUCCGACGUGGGUUCACGGCUGGCCAUGGUGGUGCUAUGGUGGCGGCGUCAGUUUUCCCAUGGGGAUGGUGUUUUAAUUCUAAUUGGACACGAAUUCCUUGCUUGGCCCGGGUGUUACAAGAACGAUUUUUUGAUCUUGUACAUGUUAAAGAUACAUCGGUAUUGACUCUAAAGAAUGAAAUAUUUGCUGUUGUUUCUCAUCAUUGUCUUGAUAUUCAAAAUAUUCGUGGGCAAGGAUAUGAUGGUGCUAAUAAUAUGCGUGGUGAAUGGAAAGGAUUGCAAGCACUAUUUCUUAAAGAUUGCCCAUAUACAUACUAUGUUCAUUAUUUUGCUCACCGAUUACAGUUAGCAUUAGUUGCUACAUCUAGAGAGGUAGUUUCUAUUCAUGAGUUUUUCUCAAAUUUGAAUUUCAUUAUCAAUGUGGUGGGCGCCUCAUAUAAACAUCAUGAUGAACUGCAAGCUGCUCAGACAACACAAAUUGCAUAUAUGAUAGCUAUUGAUGAACUUGAAAGUGGAAAAGGAGCUAACCAAAUUGGCACUAUCAAACGAGCAGAUUUUCAAAUGCAAGAGCUUGACAGUAGGUUUGGUGAAGGAGUAGCAAAGCUUUUAGCCCUUAGCUCAGCUUUGGAUCCAAAGGAUGCUUAUAGAUCCUUUAAUAUUGAUGAUAUCUGUUGUCUUGCAGAAAAAUAUUAUCCUCUUGAUUUUUCUAAGAACGAGAAAAUUAAUUUAAGAUUGAUUCGUCUUGUUUUGACUCUUCUAGUAUCUACAGCGACCAGUGAACGAGCAUUUUCAACUAUGAAGAUUGUUAAAACAAGACUUCGCAAUAAAAUUGAAUAUGAGUUUCUAGCAAAUAAUUUAGUUGUCUAUAUUGAAAGAGAAAUAGCUAAGAAUUUUGAUUUAGAUUCAAUACUUGAUGAUUUUUUCUAUUAA